AUGUACAAUGGAGUUGGAUUAACCACACCAAGAGGUUCCGGUACAAGUGGUUAUAUACAAAAAAAUCUCUCAUAUGUUGCCCCAGGUGCCAAAGCUAAGAAUAUGGACUAUGGUAAAAUCCUUUAGUAAUUAAAGGAUAAUCCUCUGCCGCCUCCAAGACCGCCUAACAAAGAUUUAAUAGAGCAUGAAUAAAAAAGAAAAAUUGAAGCUCAAUUGUUUAAGUUAGAAAAAGAGCUAAGAGCUAUGAAUAAUAUGAGUGAAGAGGAAAUUAAGAAAUCGCUAGAGGAUGCCAGAGCUCAUAUGACUCAAAAGUUAAAGCAAGCUCCAACAAUGAUAAAUACUAAAGAGAGUCAUUAGGCUGCCUUAGCAAAAGAGAAGCAUAUGGAAAAGCUUAAAAAUGCUCUAGGUAUUUCAGAGAAGCAUGAGUUCGGAGCAGCUUUUGAUUUGGAAUUACAAGAAAACAAAAGGCUAGAUAGAUUGGCAGAGUUAGAUCGUAUUAAGAAAGAAAAAAAGAAAGCUAAAAAAGAGGCUAAAAAGAAGUAAUAAAUGGAGGAACUCAUGAAGCAAGCAGAUAUGAUCAAAUAAGGCAAGACCUAGGAGCUGGAAGAGGAAAUUAAACAAAUUUAAGAAGUAUAGGAAACAAAUCUGAAAGAUAAAAAGAAAAAGAAGAGUAAAAAGAGUAAAAAGGAUAAGAAAAAGAGAAGACACAGCAGCAGUAGUGAGGAUGAUAACAGUGAUUUGAGUAGUGUCUCAGAGGAAAGUUAAAGUGAUGAUAGUGAUUCAGAACAAAAGAAAAAAUAGAAAAGAAGUGAGGAGAAUAAAAAAAGGGAAAGAAGUAGAUCAAGAGAUAGAGAUGAACGUGAUAAAGUUAGAGAUAGGGUAAGAGAGUAGAAUGAUAGAGAUAGAAAAAGAAGAGAUUCGAGAGAUGAUCAUAGAGAUUCUAGAGAUAGAAGAAGAUCUAGGGAUAGAGACGAUAGGAGAAGAUGA